CAGGGCGCAGCGGGCCCCCCAAGGGGAAGUGAGUGGCCGCGGCUGGGAUUACGUGCAGUGGUGGCGGCUGCAGCGGCUGCGAGUCUUCUGGAGGCCGAGUGGAAGCGACAGACACUAGGCUUGGCCUCGGCACUUGCUCAGCAUACGACCCGGACAUGGAUCCCGCCAGCCAAGAUAUCAACCUGAAUUCUCCUAACAAAGGUCUGCUAUCAGAUACCAUGACAGAUGUGCCUGUGGAUACAGGGACUGCCAGGACCUCCAUUCCUGAGGGCCUGACAGAGGCAGAGGAAGAAGAGCUCAGAUCGGAACUCACUAAGGUGGAAGAAGAAAUUGUGACAUUACGACAGGUCCUGGCAGCCAAAGAAAGACACUGUGGUGAGCUGAAGAGGAAGCUAGGCCUGACUCCCUUGGAUGGACUGAAGCAGAAUCUUUCAAAGAGUUGGCAUGAUGUUCAGGUCUCCAACGCCUAUGUGAAAACAUCUGAGAAACUUGGAGAGUGGAAUGAGAAAGUGACACAGUCUGACCUAUAUCUUUCAGCAAGCAGCACAUUGGAGGACUGGAGUGAGAAAUUAACCCAUUCAGAAGCUUACAAGAAGACUCAGGAAACUCUCUCCCAGGCAGGACAGAAGACUUCAGCUGCCCUAUCCAAUGUUGGCUCUGCUAUCAGCAGGAAACUUGGAGAUAUGAGGGCUCAUCCCUUCUCACAUUCCUUUAGCAGCUACUCCAUUCGUCAUUCAAUAAGUAUGCCAGCUAUGAGGAACUCCGCAACCUUCAAGUCUUUUGAAGAUCGAGUUGGGACCAUAAAGUCCAAAGUCGUUGGUGGCAGGGAGAAUGGCAGUGACAACCUUCCUUCACCAACAGGAAGCAGCGAUAAACCUCUGCAGGAUCAUGCUCCUUUCUAGACCCCUUUGGAGCUUUACUCUGCCACGGAACGAGUUCAAGAACCGUCUCAACUCGUCAUGAGCAAACUCUGCAGAAAAAAAACCAAUAUAAUUAUAAUUCAAACCAGGAAAUGGACGGAGUCCAGUUUAAGGAAUUCAUAUCCAUACAUAUAUAGACACUUGCUGCUGGAUUUGAGUAAAAUAGAGAACAAAAAAGUUUUGUACACAGAUAUUUUACACUAAAGUUUAUAGAUGAAAUGUAUCACUGUGCUAUUCUUCCUGGGGGGUGCAUUUAAAUGGACAGGAUUUCCUCAUUGGGUAUAAAAGCCAAAGCAUGAACUCCCAUUUGUAAAACACUAUAGCUUAGCCAAAUGCCCAAAUAGAUUCUGUUUGGGAAGUGGAAAGAAGUAUAAUUAUGAAACAAACUUUUGAAAAUGUUGUUUCUUUUCUCCCUUCCCUCAACUUCUGAAAGCUCCUAGAAGUAACCUGAAAGAUUCUAACUAGUUGGAUUAUCUUUUACCCAAAAAUGAUUGUCAGGAUGUGAAACUGUCCGUUUUUCUGUGCCUUCCAGAAAGGAGACUCUAAUUAGCAGCUGUUUGGUUGUUACACUAAUGCUCAAGCUUUAACAAAAUGAAAAUCUUUAUUUUUUAAAUGCAGUGGACUUUUCAAAAAUCAAAAUGAAGCAAAGCAUCUUUAGCCUCAUGUUAGGGAAAUAUUAUCUUGGAACUCUGAAGCUGAAAUGCAAGCCUUACAUCACCUUAUGCUUUACUUGUUUAUAAUCUUUUAUAUAAAGAAAUCGAGGGUUCUAAAGCUGGGUUUUGAGCAACUGUGUGGUUUUGCAUUUAACCCUCAUGGCCGCAUGCCUGUGCCAGUUUGUGUGUUUAUUUAGCUCAUUCCCUAGCUUUAUUUGAGUGUAUGAAACUUGCUUCUCUGUUUUCCUCUGAAUGCUGUAGCAGCUCCUAGCAGGUUCCUGCUUUUAGCUAAUCAGCUCACAGUCUUCUAGACAGCAAGGACUAUCAUAACCAGAUGAGAGAUAAACCUCUGUCUUAAGCAACUUGAAAGAGGACAACAACUCAUCCCCCUGUCCUACUGGCUAUUCUACUUCUGAAUAAGCCCAAGUGAUUGUACUAUAUUGGUCAGUAAAUCUGAACCUGCCAUUGUUUACAGUAGAUAUAAAUUCAAAAGUAAGACUUAAUGAGAAGUAGGACUGCACCCUUCCCCUAAGACGGGCUGGAGAUUGGAUAGAAAGAGUUUGAUUCGGAUUAGCAAGAAUCUGUCUUGGGAUUUUGUUAACUUCCUAGUAUUAAUAUUUCUUACAAGCUCUGGACUUUUUUUUUUUUUCCGUUUUUAAAAUGAUGCCAUUUGGCAUUAUUUCUCAUGGCAAUUGUCCUGCCUGCAUGUGAGGCAUGAUUUGAAGGUGAAGUUUUGUGCCUUAUUGGCUCUCAGCAGUGGGAUUAAAAUCUGUUUGCUUGUAUACAUAUCAAUAAAAUCUCGCUGGCUGAAGGAAUACUCCCUCCAGCCCAAGGUGAACCCUAUUUGUUCAGCCUUAAUGUUCUCCCUACUCUAGAGAAGCAAGUUCUGAUACACCAGUAUCUGUUUAUCAAUCCUAGGGGCUGCAUUCCAUGCAAUGUUAGGAGGCAGGUGCAGUAGGAAAUAUACUGUGUAGUGUCCUUUUAUCAGGUUUUAUAUUUGUGGCUGAAAUUGUUGGGGAACAGUAAGGAGAAGGAAGAGAGAGGGUGGGAAUUGAUCUUUCUUCUCCUUAAACUGGAUAUUGAGUAUUUGUCAAUAAAUUAUUCCUUUCAGGGUGAAAAAAAAAAACUGACCUUGUAUGAUAGGUUUUUUUUUAAAUUGUUUUACAGGGGGAGAUUUGAAUUUCUGAACCUUUACCAGAAAUACUAAUGAUCGAGUGCCCAGCUUUUUGGGUUACUGUUACAAAGGAUAAAAUCUUCUUGCAGACUAUA